AUGGACGUCGACAGCGCGGCGGCAGAUGAGGAAGCCGAUGAUCUGUACACGAAGCUGAAGACCCUGCAGAGAGAGCUGGAAUUUUUGGAAAUUCAGGAGGGCUACAUCAAGGAGGAGCAGCGGAACCUGAAACGCGAGCUGUUGAGGGCACAAGAGGAAGUGAAGAGAAUUCAAUCCGUGCCUCUGGUGAUUGGCCAAUUCUUGGAGAUGGUGGACGCACACUCGGGGAUCGUGGGAUCAACGACGGGGUCCAACUACUACGUCCGUGUGUUGAGCACCCUCAACCGUGAGCUCUUGAAGCCGUCAGCAUCAGUGGCGCUGCACCGUCAUUCCAACGCCCUUGUCGACCUUUUGCCCCCCGAAGCAGAUUCGAGUAUAUCCAUGUUGUCCGAUGCUGAGAAGCCAGAUGUCACGUAUCAGGAUAUUGGUGGCUUGGACAUUCAGAAGCAAGAGAUUCGGGAAGCUGUUGAGCUGCCGCUCACCCACCAGGACCUUUACCAGCAGAUCGGCAUCGACCCUCCUCGAGGGGUCCUCCUGUAUGGCCCCCCUGGCACAGGAAAAACCAUGCUUGCAAAAGCUGUUGCACACCACACCACUGCUGCAUUUAUCAGGGUGGUGGGGUCAGAGUUCGUUCAAAAGUACCUGGGCGAGGGGCCCAGGAUGGUACGUGACGUUUUCAGGUUGGCCAAAGAGCACUCGCCUGCGAUCAUAUUCAUCGACGAGGUGGAUGCCAUUGCCACAGCCCGUUUCGACGCACAGACUGGGGCUGAUCGCGAGGUGCAGCGCAUCUUGAUGGAGCUGCUCAAUCAAAUGGAUGGCUUUGAUCAAAACACAAAUGUCAAGGUCAUAAUGGCCACCAACCGGCACGACACACUAGAUCCAGCGCUGUUGCGUCCUGGGCGGCUGGACAGGAAGAUCGAGUUUCCAAUGCCAGACAGACGGGAGAAGAGGUUGAUUUUCCAGGUCUGUACCAACAAGAUGAAUCUGAGUGAUGAAGUGGACUUGGAGGACUACGUGUCCCGGCCAGACAAAAUCAGUGCGGCCGACAUUGCCUCCAUCACCCAGGAGGCAGGGAUGCAUGCUGUCAGGAAAAACAGGUAUGUUAUUCUGCCCAAGGACAUCGACAAAGGGUACAAGGCGAACGUCAAAGGUUCAGAUACGGAAUUCGCUUUCUACCAAUGA